AGUGCGCGCUGCUCGUGCGCUCUUGUCUCGACGUCGCUCGAUAGCGGCGUCGUUCUAGUAGUGCCGCUUAACCUCCCCUAGCGUCGGUUUGCUCAGCUGAUUCACACCAAAAAUACACACGCGUGCACAAUACCAAAAAGAAGAAAAUUCAAGAAAAUACUCAACCCAAACCGCAUCAAAUAGACUAUACUUCCAAAUCGUCCAAGACGACAUCGUGUGUACACCUGGACCAUCAACGGGUUAUGUAAUUCACGCAGCGUCUGAGACGAUUAGUAGUGCAACCCACAACCAUAACUUCUUCCGCCAAGUGACCCAAACGGAAUAUACUUACACAUACUUACCUUCAAGCGCAACGUACAAAUCUCAACAACUCUACAACUCCGCCACUUCCUAUAACGAGCAUUAAAAUUAAAAGUUUACUUUGUUUGAACAAUCAUCGAAGCUCAAUCACAUUUUUUGAGGCUGUAGCCUCGCGCAGAUGAAUCCUUCGAACGUGCCAAAUCAUUGAUGCUGUGCGUGCAACAUUUGGGAAAUUACCGCCGUGGAAGAGUUUGUGUAUUCACAACGUGACUGGAUUUUAUUGAUGGAGUGUUUAAAAACGCAUUAAUGUGCGACGCGCUGAGAAAUGGUCGCAGGAGCUAGGUGCUAAGGAUAAAUGAUGGUUUUGACCAUUGCGUGCGGAGCAUUUUGACGGCGAGCGAAAAAUCAACGAAAUUUUCGGCGAUUUCUUUGGAUUCGUAAGCGGAUUUCGAGCGUGUGUCGCGGGCCGUCGGAGCGCGGAAUCAGUGACGUUUGGCGAGCAUAUUGAGUGUGUGUGGAGAAGAUGGUGUGCUGGUGAAAGGUGCUCCGUGCGGCCUGAAGGGCCCCGCGACUCAUCCGUCACCAUCAGCAACAAACUGCCUCACCGUGCGCGUACCGGCGGGGCUAGUUGCCAAAGCCGGACAUGUGCCCCCCAAUGGGGGAACCGCCGCCGAGGAGAAAGCCUCCCUACCGCAUGAUGGUUUAGCCGCUGAAUCGGAACCAGCACCGAAGGACAUGACAGCCGUCAAUGCGGGUGUGCAUGAAUUGUCGGGUGUACGGCUGCCGCUGCAACCGUACACGGGCGGGCAUGCUGUGUUUAUGUACAGCACCGCCGCCGACGGCAACGUCACCCUGCAGCUGAAGGAGCCGGACGACUUGGAUCGCGGCAGUUUGGCGGCGAUGCUCGCGCGGCUGCAGGACGACGCCACUUUUUCCAUAUCAUAUCAGGACACGGACAUUCUUUCGGAUGGAAGCAUUGAUGUUCUACUCGGCACUGGGUCGAAUAAUAGUCUACCAGCUGCAGAUGGAAGCGAUGCGGUCACGGCGACAUUCGAUCUGUUCGACUCGUCCAGCGGGCCGGACCUCACCCUCUCACCGCAGACAUUCACUAAUUCCGCGGAAGCUUUCAUCAACGAUAACUCCAACAGUCUGGGUGUGCCCACCGACAAUGAUCCAGUCUCCUCCACCGACGAUGGCAAAAAGGUGCAGACCGAAGUAGUCAAAUUAGCGGUGAAGCGAGCCAGACCCAAAGCAACGUCGCCCAAUCGACAAGGCCCCCAGCAAUGCCAAGUAUGUGCGAAAAUAUUCGGAAAUGCUUCCGCGCUAGCGAAGCACAAACUGACCCACAGCGAUGAACGCAAGUACGUAUGCACAAUGUGCGGGAAAGCAUUUAAGCGCCAGGACCAUCUCAAUGGUCACAUGCUGACGCAUCGCAACAAAAAGCCCUACGAAUGCAAGGCGGAAGGAUGCGGUAAGUCGUAUUGCGAUGCGCGAUCAUUGCGAAGGCACACGGAGAACCAUCAUAGCACGUCGACCACCUCGGCGAAUGCACCUUCGACCACCAUGUCUCCUGCGCAGGGUGCUGCCUCCGGUGAUGCUGCUUCUCCGCAUGGAUCGAGUUGCAUUCAGUAUGCGCCUCCACCAACGAAUAAUUCUUCAAAUGGGAAAAGCCAACUGCAACAAUUGCUCGCGACUGAACCAUCAAAGAGCGGCAGCCACGGCAAUAAUGACGGAUUAACAAAACAGCAAUUAGAUCUGAUUCAUCAAAUCAUGGAGCAGACGCAAAGGCAGUCGGCGACCGCUCUAAAAUCAACAGCAAAGCAGCCAACAAAGCCCGUUAGCAAAACGGCAAUUAAGGUCCAGCGCAUUUGGUCGUCGCAGCAAAGUGCAACUUUCAAAGCAAACAUUGCAACCACCAAUCAGGCGAACAAAGCGUCCAGCACCACGUCCGCUACGACCACUUCGAGCGCGACGUCGACGAGUGCCUCCUCGACCAUCGCGUCCCAAGCAAAUAGCAAACCCGAACCCAAACCAGUCGAAUGCAAUUUGUGCCAUAGAAAAUUCAAAAACAUACCGGCCCUCAACGGCCACAUGCGAUUGCAUGGCGGGUACUUCAAGAAGGACGCCGAUAACAAGAAGAGCGAGAAAAAAGACACGUCGGGACCACCUUUGCAAACGGCCAGCGUGAGCGUACGCGCUCUCAUCGAAGAGAAAAUUAUUAACAAACGCAUAACAAACACCCCCACUGCCGCCGCCGCUGCUGCCGCUGCUGCUGCAACUGCUACGGCAAAUAACAUUGCAGCCACAGCCGCCGGACAACAGCAGCAGCAGGGUGACGAUGCAAUGCGCAGUAAUACGGCCCCGCCUUUGUUUCCCUUAACUGUGCAUUCCACGCCGACGAGCACGAGCGAUGCGAUCCCGAAAAUCACAUCGUUUGUCGUCCCAGCACCGCCGCAGCAACUCGGUGGUGAAAAAUCACGCCGACACUCUGACGCCGAUGCGUUUACCAUGCCGCGUGCGCCCUCAACCACCACCACUACCACUACAACAACGCAACAGGAAGCGGAAGCUUUGGCCGAUUUGAUACUCAAGCAUGAAAAGGCCACCGUCAAACGCGCGGUAUCAGACCCCGGCCAGCAGCCGUCACAAACCUCUCCGCAACAGGCCUCCCAUAAACAGAUAAUCCAAUUCCAGUCCUCUGAUUCUUUCACACUGGCCUAUCAACCUGAGGACGGAUAUCUAUCGCCCAGUUUACAGGACGAGGUCUUUACGCAGGUUCCCGACAGUAUGUUGCUCCAGGGAGUGGACGCGCAGCAAUUGGCAUCCAUUCAAUUCCAAACCGAUUCGCUGCUGCAAGAUCAAAGCGAUCAGCAAUUGCUAGACGAUUACACAAAUCUGCAGGACACUGUCAUCCAAUCGCCUUCGUAUCAGUCCAGUCAUUCGGUGAAUCAGGAACUGCAGGCAGUGUUGGACUCGCCGCUACCGGAGAGUCUCGCUGAGUUUAGUACUUAUCAUUCAAGCGGGAACCUCGACAUGCCGUCGCCCGGUUAUCACACCCAGUCCCCGGUUCAAUAUUCCUCGCAGUCACCGCACGUAACACUCGCGACGCGCUCGCCAUUGCAAUCGCCGCUGAUUAGACACGACUCGCCGGGCUUCGCAUAUCCGACGCCGCCCGCAAGUCACGAAGGACUUUCGCCAUGCUUUGGACAGAACUCAAUGCUGCCAUUGGUGUCACCCAAGCAGAACGACUUUGGGCAAGUGGUUUCACAUGAUAUGGAUGACCCGCAGCAACCAUCAUCACCGUUGACAGCUGCGUUUUUCACAUCGAAUCUUUCAAGCGCUGCGGCUGUUGAAGAAGCAUUGGAAGAGGUCCUUCCAGGAGAGAAUAUAUCCGCGGAUGAGUUGUAUCCAUCUUUGACUAACUCCCCACCACCUUCCACACAUUCUCCACUUCCAGUUGGAUUGACUCCUAUUCAAUCACCAGCUCCCAAUAGCAAUACCACAUCUUCAUCCACAUCAACUCAUACUACUUUUACUCAGAAUACUGUUACUUUCCCGAUGUCAACUCAUUUCACUCUACAAUCACAAAUGUUACCAAAUUCGGAUGACCCGCUUCUAUCCAGCAGUCCCAAGGACUUUGUACCACGUAAAAAGUUUGAAUUUAAUGGACUCCCAUUGAAAGUCAUCAGUAGCAAUGGGCUCUUAGACCUGAAUAAUACAAACCUCACUGGGAUUUUAGUAGAGAGCAAUGGAGAAAUCAAAUUUAUCCAAACAGGAGGUGGUAACUUCCAAGCAAAAAAUAUUCUGGUUGCAGGUGCUCCACUUUUGAGCACCACAACCACACUUAAUCAAAAAGAACUUGGUGAAGCAAAACCAAUGGGUAUGAAACCCACCUUGGUUCAGAAACUAUCCAAAGUCAAAACGAUGGCUGUGAAGUCCAAGGAGAUCAAAAUGGAAGACAUCUCACAUGAUGUUUUCCUCAGUCCCACGACCAUGACAUCUAAUCCAGUCCGGUUGUCGCGGAAACGACCGCGAACUGAUCCCCUUCAACUGCCCGUGUUGCACCAGUCUCGUCUCAGAGCGACAAGGAGCAAACCACAGGGUGCGGCAGCUUACACUCCGCAGCCAAUUUUAAAUCCAAGCAGACCCGGUUCCGGGUUGUACAUAUAUUUAAAACAAAAGACACAUGAUCAUGAAGAAGUGGCAAGUACGUGGUGCAACGAAUCCGUACCUGAAUCAGAUUCCACACCGCACAUCAACGUAGGCCCCAAGUUCCAGUGCAGCAUCCCUGCGGUAAUGCCGUCCUACCAUCGAGUCACGCAGGACCGAUCGCCCGAGGACCUGCUGUGGGACCCUGGCAUACUGCAAUGCAGCGACAGCGAAGUCGACAUGUACUUGGACUUUGCGUGCUGCGCGGCCGUUCCCGGAGGCGGCCGGAAUCAGGAGUACGCCAUGCAUUUACUACACAUGUGCGGCGGCAACAUUCACGAGGCAAUGUUGAAGCUGAUGCAACCGACUCCGAACCUGCACAACGGACAUCCGCUGCUCACGUAUCAGUACUCCGAGACGGACAAGUGGACUGUCGAGGAGACGGAACUUUUCCAUCAAGCUUUGCUCAAACAUGAUAAAGAUUUUUACUUUAUCGCUCAAGAGGUUGGUACAAAAUCAUUAAAACAAUGCGUUCAGUUCUACUAUAUGUGGAAGAAGGUCUGCACCGACGAAUAUCGAAAGCACAAAGAGCACCACGAACGCAGCGCGGGGGCGGCGCGUAGUUACGAAAGCGGUGAAGAGAAACCCUACCCGGACGUGAAACUACUCGGGAUCGCCGACGCCGGAUCGCCGAUGCCACUGCACGAGCACCGGAAUUACAUAUGCGAGUUUCACGAUUGUUCAGCCAGCUUUAAUUCCAGAGCGGCGCUGAACGGCCACAUUCGGAUACACGGCGGGACGGCGCGCGGCUCGCCGACGCCCCCGACCGAGCCGCUGAUGUCGAUAUCGACGGGCCACGGUGGAGGCGGUGGCGGCGGCGUGCUCGGCCUGCAGCAAUUGCUCGGCAAGCGAUCGAUGCCGUGCCACGCGCCCGACUCCACCGAAGACUAUCCGUGUAAGAUAUGUGGGAAAGUUUUCACAAAAAUCAAAAGUCGCAGCGCGCACAUGAAAUCUCAUCGGCCACCGGACGCGGAGCCGUCGCGCCCGAAGCAAAAAGACAAAGAGCACGUCCUCACGCUGCUGACCACGUCUUCGGGCGGCGUCACCGCCGCCGCACAAUCAACCUUCGACUCCGUGCCAACUUCAUCCAGUACUUAGUUAAGACAUAAGGUGUCGAGCAAGCCCCGAACCUGAACACGUAAGUGGGUGAGCGACCUAGCUAACAGGCAAUCAAAAUAAAACUACGAGUUAAUCAAAGAUGCAAAACGAAACUUAAGAAAUCAGCGUACAUAUAGGAACAGAGAGAGAGAAAAUGUGUAUGCAUGAUGAUGUAACAGAUAACUAAUUAUGUAUUGUGCAUUUAUAAAGAUUAAUUUUUAUAUAAACGUGUGAAAUUUUCUGCAAAUUUCGCAUACGUGUCGAAAGUUUGACGCAAACCAGCGAUGAGAUUUUUUUUAAUUAAAAAAAACAACGCCUGGUUUGUAGAUUUCCGAAAAAAUAUAAAAUCGUUCAAAAGGAACGAAAUGUCUAGUCGUAUAAAAUAAUGUGUGUACAAAAAUUGUGUGUAAGUAAGGAGACAACGUUUUCACUCAAAAAUAACUAAACAAAAACUCACUUGAAAAUCAAACGAAUUGUUCCAUGACUAUGUUUCGAAAUUCAAAACAAAAUCCACUUACUAUAAACUCCACUUUUAAAGGAAACAAGAAAACAGAUAUAUUUAUAUUUGCAUAAUUAAAUGUAAAUUAACUAAAAACAAACAAAAAAAAACACGUGUAUUCACAGGUAAAGAAGUAAAACAUAAGAUAUAUUACAAAAAGAAAAAAAAUGAAGAAUAAUUAUAAAGAAAAUAAUAUGGGUUGUGUUGCGUUACCGAUGCGUAACGUUAGUGCCUUUCGAUUGUCGAGUGAGACACUAAUGCAUCACAUUAUUCACAAGAAAAUGAGGCUUGGAGGAGCAGGAUUCGCAUUCGCAGACAUUCGCAAAACACGCUAGACGAGUAAUCAAAGAUUCCCGUGAUGCAAUUGCCGCGCAAAUACAAUAAACACGUGCAAACAGGAUGAAAAUCAAUUUUAAAAACGUGCUGAACACGGACGCUAUGGCGAGAUAUUUUCUGAAACACACAAACUCAAUAAUUUUCUUUAAUUUCCGCUAAAUUUUGCUCAAGCAUUCAAUUUCUAGCUGUUUCCUACUCAAGUUUUACUCGGUUCGAUGCUGGAAAAGAAUUAUUCGAACGAAAAGAAUCAAACGAUGAGCAAUAUUGAAACAUAAUUCACUAAAUGAGAACAAAAUUCAAAAGAGAGCCAAAAAUUAUUAGUACUUAUAAAAAUUAUAAAUGAUAAUCCAUAAUAUAAAUUUAAGCGUCAGAGAGGAGAAGUGAUGCGCAUUUCAUCUGGUAUGUUGUAUGAACGUGAAAUGAAAUGAAUUUAACAUAUGCUCAAUUUAAAUUAAAUUUUAAAAGCAGAAUGCAGCAGAAUGAGGUAAAUAAAAGAAUUAAAGAGAAAAACACUUUGUAAAUAAAUCAGUUGCAACAAACUCUGAAAGACAAAUAUUCGAAUCAUCAUAACUAUGUGUUAAUUCAACAAUAAAUGAAGGUGUAAAAUAUAUAUGUACUGAUUCGUCAAUAUUUCAAUAACAUACAAGAUACAAGAUACAUGAAUAUAAACACGAGAACGUAGGUAAUUGAAUAAUAACAAAACUAAGAAAAAAUAAAAAAAUAAUACAAUAGUUUGUAUUUGCAGUGAAAAUCGAAUAAGCAAAGUUUUAAUGAUGAAAGUAAAGCAAAACGAAAAAACCAAAAAAAAGUAACUUGAUGCCAUGUCGGUACUGUUUAACUCUGUGUUGUGAUCUUUUUAAAAAGUCUAUUACUAUGAAUCUAUCUAUAUAUAAAUAUAAAUAUUUAUUAUAAAUAUACAUAAAUUUAUUAUUAAUUAUUAUACGAAUCUACUCAAGAAACAUUUGAAGGAAAUGCAAGAAGAUAAUAUUUGUAUAUGUUAAUUGUAUAUGUAUAUGUAUGUAUAAUUAGAUGAAAUUAUUAUCUAUAUACUUAAAAAUUAAGAAUCAAGAUUCGAUGAGUGCAGGAAUGGGAUUUUACGGAUUUGAAUUCGAGAGCGUGUAGGUUAGCAAAGAUUUAGCGAUGUUUUGUUCCACACACACGUUGACAAAAAGUCAAGCAAACAUCCAGAUAAUAUACAGCACAAAAGCGAAAAACAAAAAGAAAAUUCAAGGAGACAAUCGUUCUAUAACUAAAUGCUCACUUAGCGUAUAACGAUGAGCGGAUUUUAAACUAAAGGAAACUAUACAUGCGUAUAAGAUAAAGAGAUAAACGUACCCCAAAGUCGUCAAAUCAAUCGAUGUGUUUUAUGUCGCUUUUCAACGCAUCGGAAACGAAGUGAUUUCGUUUUCUGGAUAAAAGCGUGUAUAAUUCGGUGUUUUUCAAACCUGCAGACAAGUGUUGUAUGUUUUCCUCGCCCGAACUAUCUGUAAUGUAACAUUUUAUAAAUGAUUAAUGUUACUCCUCGGUAAAACGCUGCUCAUUGUCUUGACUUUUCGUCAACGCUCUACUAGUACAAUAUAUUUAUAUCGGACAUAAACUAAUUACAAAAACAAGCAAACACUUGAUAUAAAGAAAAAGUCCGUCAGUGACUCUAAAACUCUGAACGUUUAUAUUUUAUAUUUUCCUGGUGCUCAUUGUUAUUAUUGAUAAUUUUAGUUUAAUUUCAACUUCGGCAAAACAGACGCACAUUGUACUUGUAAUCAAUUCUUCCAAAGAUUCAAACACAGCAAUGUCUGGUUAUAUUACGUAAAAUUCUCGAAACUAAUCAAACUUUUUUAAUAAACUAGCGUAGAGAAAAUGCUGCAAUUUGUCCAGGUGUAAGCGAUAUACUGGAACAACGUCCAUUUAUAUCUAACGAAUGUUUUGAUUUCGGCCUAGCGAGCAACGCACUCAUUUUCUAAGCAAAUAAUAUUCAUCUAUUGCUCAUUUUUACAUAAAUCGACGAAGUGGGAGACGUUUGAGUUUGAUUGUUGUAUACUUGUUGUUGUUGUUGUCUGAUUUAUCGGGUCACACAUUUCGGUUUAUUUCAUUGUGAUAAUUACGAGCCUAAUGAUACGGAUUUUAAAUUAGAUAAGAAAACUUAAACACUAUCGAAGAAAACACAAGCAAAGCUUAUGUAUAAAUGGAACUCACACGUGCGUGCGAAGUGACGACGAGCAAAAACCCCGAAAAACUCAUCGUGUGCCAAAAAAAACAAAAAUUUCAAAGAAUAUGAGAGACAAAGAAAUACAAACAACGCGCUUAUUAUGAUUACACACUGCACAUUCACACGUACGCACAUUUGAACUUUAAAUGAAAAGACAUUUUAUACAAGAUAUCUUAUAAAACGCAUGUUGUUGUAAAUACGCUUACGCCAGAAGAUUUCAUUUCAGCCUCACACACAAAAGUUGAGCAUAUUCAAUCACCGCAUUAAUUAUUUUUUUAUUGAUAAAUGUUCUAUGAAUGAAAGUACAAGCGAUGCGGAAAUCUAACGAACGAAUCCUACACUAUUGUCAUGCGCAUGGUUUCUUGAACAACGAAAAUACAAAAUAUCAUAGCACACGAUGUUCUAAUACUCUUCGUAUUCGAUUCAAAAUUAUUCAUGUUUAUCUUCAAAUUUUAUUGUAUCUGUCCGUGAAUCAUUAGUGUGGUGGUUAAAUAUGUCUAAACACAUUUGCAGAUUGUUUAUUUAAGUUAUAUGAUGCAAAAUGAACGCCAACACUGGUGAUCGGAUGAGUUGAGAAUUUAUGCAACCAGUUGUACAGCAUUUAACCUCAUCUGAGCAACAGUGUUGCGUGGAAUACUGAUUUUCUUGUCCGUACAGUACCUGAAAAGGUUUUACUCGCAUGUGUCUCAAUGAAACCAAUUGGAAUAAUUGAUUUGAAAAGAUUUUCUGCAUCUCAAGGUUGUAAACUAAGACGAGUGAAACACGUCGCUGGCGUUACGCGCAGCGCGAGAUAUUUAUAAAAGAAAAAAAAGUACAUUUAAGUGUGAACGAAAAGACAAAAUGUCAAUACGUAUCUAUAGAAUUCUAGCUCAAGUUUUUUAUUCCUUAAUUAGCUAAUUAUGAAUAACAUAGUAAUUAUAUUAUAAAUUUAUCAUAAACGAAACGAUGUUUACGCCAUUACUUGUUGUUACAUAUUUGUUGACUUCGUCUUUGAAUCUUAUCUUGAUCUUAUCUUUCGCAUUACACGACACGAAACAGAGAACACACGUUUUCCGCCUGAAUUCGCCCAAUUCGUUUGUUAGAUUUAAACAACCUCUAAGGAUAUAAUAAUCAAAUAAAGAUGAUGAUGAGAAAUAAACUGUGUGUUCAACACUUGCGCAAAUUUUCUUGAGCUUUAAUGUUUACACGUAUGGUUUCCGCGUUAGCGCUCAUAUAUUCACGAUAGGCAUAAUUCGUAUAAAUUAAAAUAACAUUGAUGUGAUGUUAAGUUAGAAAUAUUUUUAAAUGAUGAUGUGAUUGAAAGAGCCAGAGCGUAAUCGAGAACGAUGAAAGAUCGAUGAAGAUUGAAAUGAGACAAACAAAUGAGGAAUCCUUCAAAAAAAAAACGCUCAAGACUCAAAAGACUCUCGAGCACAUUGAACGCAUCAAGACAAUCCUUUUUCGUAAAUACCGAAAGAAACGUUUUGUGACUAACGAGAAAACCACCACGUUGAUCGUCAGGUCAUAGGUUUGAUUUGUGUUUUUUUUUGAAAAAUCAUGAUUUUGAGUUUGAGGUGAAAAAAGCAAGAAAAUUUGACGGGUGCUUUUUAGUUCAUGGACGGAUGGGGGACGAAGGGACGAAUAUAAAAUUUGUGAAUUUCAUAUCGAAUAAUGAAUUAUUUAAGUGAUUAAUCGACUUAUUGAUAUCUAGGACCUAUAUAGUACCGUUGUUUUGUUUGAUUGUGUUUUUCUGAUAUAAAAAAUGAAUGAAAACUAUGAAACUAUUUGUUGUUGAAUUCUGUCCAUAUUGAGAGGAAAAAUAAACGAGUUUCCAGAAUUAGUACUUAAACAAGAUGAUAACAAAAAAAAACAAGAGAAACACAUGCAAAAAAUAAAUAAAUCGUAUGUUUAAUAUAAAGUGUAUAUGUAUAUACUUGUAUUAUUGUAUGCACAAUAAAAUAUGACGUUGUACUUA